AAUCAAAGCGAUAAAAAUAAAGGAGAUGGCGGGGCUGCCGCUGAUGCUGCACCCGCCCGCUGCAGCCCUCACCACCACCAUCCCUACGAGGACCAUCCACACCACACCCAUCGAGCACAGCCUUAGCUUGCUGCCGCCGCCGCUGGCCCGCGCAUACCCCUCAGAGAGCCGCACGCUCGACGCCGUGCGCUUCCCUAACAUCUUCAGCUCCGCUACCUCGACCAUGAAGACGCGGUACACCGUCGCCGACUGGACGCAGAACAACAUGGACAACUCGAGCGAGGCCGAGAACUCGCGGGGCGUCGCCAACAGGAUCAGGGAUGAUGCCGUGCGUCUCGUGGGGUACACAUACGACCGCACAAACCUGGCUCAGCGGGAGAGUUCGCAGCGACUGGGGGAACGCGUGAACGACAUCAGCUUCUGGAGGAGCGAGAUCACGCAAGAGCUCGAGAGGAUGAUGAGCGAGACGAGCAGACUUGAGGAAACCAGGCGGGCUUUGGAAAUUGCUUUGAAAAAUACUGAGCGCCCGCUACACUGCACCAAAGAGGCUCUAUAUUUCAGGGAGAACCGACAAGGUAUCGACCUGGUGAGAGACAGUCCAGAGGAAUGUCUGCUCAGAGAGGUUGACACGAUCAAGGAUUGCCAGGCGAGGAUGAAGAACUUGCUUGAGAGAGUGAAUCUUCAGUUGAGUCGCAACAGAGCAGCACGACACGACCUCGAGCACGACACCAUGAACAAGAACCACAGCCUGAGCAUCGACAGCGCUGCCCACGGCCUCCACAACGCUAGCCCCGGCAUAACAUACUUCCCUGGCGUCGAGAGGCUCGACUACACGGUGACAGUACCUAACACCUGGGCGGAGAUCAGCAACCGUAACGUGCAGCAGAGUCAGACAGAGCGCAACUCGUCGCAGCGGCUGCGCGCUGAAGUCGAGUCGUUGCUAGCGAGCACUCACCAGGAUAUGUGGUGUGCAUGGAGCACCUCGAACAGCGCCCUCACACACCGGGCUGGCGAGACCAACGACACCCGCAACAGACUCAUCCAGCAGAGGAACAAGGUACAGCAAGAAAUGAACGACCUGGAGCGCCACAUCGACCUGCUGAAGAAGGCGCUGCUGGACAAGAGUCAGCCGCUGAAGGUGGUGCACACCCGCCUUGAGGGCCGCACCCACAGGCCCGAGACUGAACUCUGCAGGGAUCCUCCUCAGCACAGGAUGGUGCUGGAGGUGCAAGAGAUCAGUGAGAGCGUGGAGGCACUUCGACAAAAGCUACAAGAGGCUGAGGACUCCCUCCAUCGACUGGCGCAAGUCAGGGCAAAGCUCGACCACGACAUCGCGGUCAAAACGAACUCGCUUUACGUCGACCGCGACAAAUGCCUGGGCCUGAGACGAACCUUCCCGCUCUCCCAGCCGCACCUCAUAGACUUCACACUGUACUGAGCGACGCCCGCUGCACCUCAUAGACUUCACACUGUACUGAGCGACGCCCGCAGCAUCUCAUAGACUUCACACUGUACUGAGCGACGCCCGCAGCAUCUCAUAGACUUCAAAUUAUGCCUAGCGUCAUAGUCGUUUUCAAUCACAUUGAGAAAUGCGAUCAGCACAAUACUUACAUCUAACAAUUUAGGGAACUGUGGUAACCCAAAAUAUAUUUUGUAGCUCUCGAGAGAUGUCUUGUUACGCACCAACUGGCGAUGCGUCUUGGAUGAUUGAAUAUUUUGAAGCUUCGAUUUUAUUAUCACGCUACACCCAGUAAUGCACCAUGGAGGAGCACUAGCCAAUCAACUUAUGCACUGUUUGUGUAAUCUUAAACUCACACGUGCACAAAGUGGAUGCCGUUGCAAAACUCACAAGACAACGUACGCGUGAAGAGCCGGUACAUUAAUGCACGUCUAACAACGUCAAAAAGGAGUAUGCAGUUGGAUAAGUUAUGAAUAGAGUUGGAUACGUUUCUUAUGAAGCUGGAUAAACUACGUAUAGAGUAAGAUACGUAACGAAUGGAGUUGGAUGAAUUAUUAGCGUUUGAAUUUGAAUAAAUUACAGAUGGAAUUAAAUAUGUAACGUCUUAGAACGCUGGAUAUCUUGAUGCAAGACUGUCGCAGGCAGAUCGAUAUAUGGUUAUACAACAAUCAAGUAAAUUAUUAGACUUCCAAAGAAACAGAGUUUACAACAUGUCAAUGGCCGAUGAACGACGAAUGAAAUAUUAACGUAUCAAAUUAUAUUAUAUUAAUGUAUCAUUCUUGAGGUUUUGAUUGUUAUGAGAUUGCAUAACAAUGGUACA